AUGUCUUACAAUUUUUUGAACAAAGUAGUUGUGGUGACUGGCGGAUUAUCAGGUAUUGGACUAUCAACCACCAUUAAGCUUUUACGCCAAGGUGCUAAAGUAGUUGUUGGGGAUUUAGCUCACGAGCAAGAGAUUGAUUUUGUGGUCAGCAAGAUCAAUGAAUCAGCUCCAGAUUCAAAUGUGCAUCACAACUUGCGAUUUCUCAGGACCAAUAUUCACUCCUGGCAAGAUAAUGUCAAUCUUGUAGAUUUUGCUUUGGAUGAGUACAAGGGGAUUGAUUAUGUCGUUGCCAAUGCGGCCAUGAUACGCCGCAAUGGGGAGGGGGCUAGUGAUGAGCCAACAUUAGAUGAGUUCAAUGAGGUGGUGAAUGUGAAUCUUGGUGGAACAUUUGCUUUCAACAAGUUGUGUAUCAAUUAUUGGAAAGAGUUUAAAAAGCUGGGCAACAUUGUCAAUGUGGGAUCAGUAUUUGGACAUAAAGUGACUGAUCCUAAUCUCGUUGAUUUGAAUUAUUCCAAGAGUGGCAUUCAUACACUAACCAAAUCAAUGGCAUUGGGGUGUGCUUCAUUAGGUAUCAGAGUCAAUGAAGUGUGUCCUGGAUUUAUCAAGACUCCAAUGUUGGAAACGGUUUUGGGAUCGGAUCAAUAUGAUCAUAUUGUAAAUGGAAUUCCCAUGCAAAAGAUUGGUGAUGGUGAUGAUGUUGCUAAUGCUAUAUGUUUCUUAUUAAGUGAUGAUGCUAGGUACAUCACAGGUGCGUCAGUGGUUGUUGAUGGUGGAUAUUCAUGUUCGUAG